AUGUCUAGUGACCUACCCGCGCCGUCUCGAGAGGAGCAGCUUCUCCAGGAGCUGGAGAGGUUGAAACGCGCCAACGAAGAGGAGAGAUGUCGUCACGAAGAAGAGAAACGCAAGCUUGAAGAAGAUAGACGACAGCGUUCGGAGGAAAUGAAAGAACAACAAAAGGAGCUCAAUGCAUUGAAGCAACAGGUAAAACCAACGACUCUGCCUGAAUACCUGGAUGCCUGCCAUGCCUACCUAUCUGUUGGCUUCUCUUCACGGGUCGACCAUAAGAAGGGAACCAAGGGGCCCGUUGAGAAUGCAAAAUCCAAACUACGCCCCAGAUACAUCCGUGAAUGGAGAACCUUCCCUCAGGAGCAAGCAAAGGUGUGGGAAUUACUUUUUGAGUCCGACUUUGUCUCUCAGCCCCAUUUUGCCUCUGCAAAUGGAGUAGAGCAAGAAGGCAAAUAUAUAUCACUGAGAAUGCUUAGGUCUGAGCUAGAUCUUGGCUAUUAUGAGCGGUAUACGGUUGAGGAUCGGGUUGCAUUUAUCAUCCAGACUCUUUACGCGGAUCCCAAGCUGCGUAAGACAUUCAAUCUCAUGGGGAGCGUUACAUUUGAAAACCAUGGCAACACUAUCAACCCGGAAUCGGAUGAAGACGUAAAUGCUGGUUUACCAUUACCACCACAGUCUCCGGUGCAGAAACGGCGGAAGCAAACUGACUCAGCUGACCCGCUCACAGUGCAGACGGGAUCCUCACGCCCUCGAGCUGAUCAGUUCUGCGUUUACAAUUCAGGCAAUGAUAAGAUGGUGCCGGCUUUUAUCAUUGAAUACAAGCCACCUCACAAGCUGGUCAUGGAUAGCGCGCUGGACGGACUCCUGGAUAUCGAGGUCGACGAGGUGGUUAUAAGCGGUGAUAACGAUGAUCAAGCCAAGCGUAAUCGCCGCAUGGUAGCUGCGGUCAUCACGCAGACGUUUUCCUAUAUGAUCCAGGCCAGGAUUGAGUUUGGGUAUGUCUCUACUGGUGAACUGUUUAUAUUUCUCCGUAUAGACCCCAACGACCCUACUACUGUGUACUACUAUCGCUCUACACCCAAUGAAGAUGUGGGAGAGAGCACCGGCUGGACUGGCGAUUCGGAUGGCGGGACCAGCGACUCGGACAGCUCUACCAGUGACUCGGGUGGCCAUAAUAGGCUACAUCUCACGGCAAUCGGACAGGUUCUCGCCUUUACACUCCGGGCCCUGAGGUCUCCUCCGCACGGUCAGAACUGGCCGGCGGACACGGAGGAGCGGCUGAAGAAGUGGGAGAUUGAGUUCAACCACGACGUUGUCUUCGGGCUAGAUAGCAGCAGCCCGCCGGAGAAACUGCCUUCUUCCGGCUACAAGCCACCGCAGUCGAGCAGAGAUGAGUAUAUGCGGAUGUCGCCUGUCAGGACAAGAUCGAAACGCCGGACGGCAGCAGCAGCAGCAGCCGCAGCAGCCUCCUCAUGCCGAGAGCCUGAAGAGCCAAACCGUGAGUCCAGCGACGGGGACGACGAGAGUGGGAACUGGGGCAAUGAUCCCAACAGCCCAACCCCAAGACGGCCCCGGCCUUCGUCGAAAAAAGUUCAAGUUGUCGUAUCUUCUCGGGCCCGCCCUCCUCCCCCGACGGAGAGAAAGCGAUACGUGUACAACACGGGUCCGAUCAACCCGUGGUGCACUCAGAAAUGCCUUGCAGGACUGCGGACCCGGGGCCCCCUUGAUCCAAAGUGUCCCAACGUGGCGAUUCAUGGCACCGGCCCUCGACAUGCCAUUGAUGACUUCCAGUUCCGCAAGCUGGUCCGGGAGCAGAUAGAAGGGCCAAAGGGUCCCUGGGGCUGCGAGUCGAUGCACCGCCAUGGAACCUCCGGAGCGCUGUUCUGGGUCACGACUUUCCCGUAUGGGUACACCCUUGUGGCCAAGGCGAUGCCCAUUGAGACGGUCAGGCGCGCCAUCCACGAGGAGAACAUCUACCAGCAGCUGUACAGGAUCCAGGGAGAGUAUGUGCCAGUGUGCCUGGGGAGCAUCGACAUCGCCAGCGGGCCUCUGUGGUACGACGGCAUCUUCCCGGUGGUGCACCUGCUGUUCCUGAGCCACGUCGGAAAGUCCAUCGUCUCGCACGCCCAGGAGAAGAACCGCGUGAGCCUGUUUAUACCGUCGGCCCGCGAGGCGCUGCAGGCGAUCCACCGGCAGCUCACCCUGCACUGCGACACGCACAUCGGCAACAUGUUCUGGAGCCGGGAGAACAAGCGGGUUAUGUUCAUCGACUUUGAGCGGGCGAGGAUAGCCAAGGAGAAAAAGCGCAAGCGGGGGGCCGAGUCGCCGCAGACCCGGGUGCUGGGCACCGAGUUUGAGCGGGAGCUGCGGUCUGCUGCGAGCGAGAUGACCUAUAGAUAG